AUGUCGUGUAACAGUGCAGUUCCUAACAGAUGGUUGCCACAUUUAUACAUAAUGCAAACAAUCUUUCAUAGCAAGGUUUCACUAAAGACUGCCCCUAAGGAACGUACAUCCUCCACAUCGCGAGCCAAACGAAGUCAAUCUAAAGACUUGGUGAAGUCAGCCUUGGUUGAAGAUUCUGAGCAAUUAUGUUUAAUCGAUAAUGAAGUUGAAUUUGAAGUUGAAUCCAAAUUAUCAAUUGGAAUACAGGCCAUACCAAAAACACAAACGAGUGCAACCCAGUAUAAAGAUACGUCAGUACGAAGUACAUGUACACAAACGUCGUGUUCUGUAGCAGAUGCGCAAACGCAAACCCAAGUAGCUGUUGUACAUGCUUCUUGUCAAACUGAAAAUGAAACGGACACAGAUAACGAUUCAAAUUGUACUGAUUCCUCAUUUAAUUCCGAUUUGGAUGACGUGAACCUACAAAGCGCAGCAGCAGCUCUGAACAGUACAUUCAAUAUCCUACACAAAGGUAAUAUAAGCAACACAUUGGAAAUGCUGGGAUUGUCGAAUUUAAUUGAACCACCAACUUCUGAAUUUUCACACGAGGGACACGAUUUGGACGAGGACGUAAUUUCCGAUGGCGACAAUGAGAGUGAGGAUGAUGAAUGGCUAGUCAAAUCUCUUGAGAGGGCUGAUAAAAGUGACCCUAAUUAUUCAAUUAGUCAAGAGAUGGAUGAAGUAGAAGACGAAGAACAAGAACAAGAACGUAUUGAACAUCGAAACAUGGAGCCAUGCAAGCAAAAAACUUACUUGGUGUACGAAACAUGUAUCAAAGAGCUGAUUAAGUAUUGCAUAAAGUGUGGUUCCAUCAUAGACAGUGGAAGCAUCAGCGAAGUUAAGAAUACUGGCAGUCAGCUAACGUACAAGAUACAGUGUGUUGUAACUACAACUGGUCUGGUCAACCGAAACUAA